UGGGAUUAUUAUCAAACACUGUGAUUUAUUCGGGACAGAGUUUUUUUUUUUGUACGAGCAGGUACAUAGUCUGUGUCUACUUAUGUAUUCUCAGCAAACCCUCCAAAAAAUAAUUGGCGAAACAUACUGUGAGAAAAUAAUCAGGUUAUUACACAUUUAGUGUAAGACGAUAGAAUGGAUGUCUGCAGAGCAAGUUAAACUGUCAUAAUUAUAUCAGUUCAGGUGUAAUGUAUGAUAUGUCUAAUUCUUACUUGAGGAUGAAGACUACAGUGGCUUUGCUGUGCCUGGUGGCUCUUUGUGCAGCGCAGAAGAGGAGGAGAACUGAACAGAAUUCAGAAUGGGACUACAGGACAGAGGCAGAGAAGGUAAACACUAGAGUCUGUGCCAACCUCACCCUGGUGUUGGACAACUGGAAGUUUGCCAUCAUGACCCAAGUCAAAGACCUUCUCCUCAACGACCACAGCACUGUGCUGCCUGACUACGGGAGGAUCCCUCCUCUAUCGGAUGCCUUAGGAGACCUCUACAAGGAAUUCAAUGCCCUGAAGGAGCGCCUGGGGGAGCUGACCACCAAGUUUGAGGGCGUCGAGGCGUUCGUGGACGACGUGAGGGCAGGAAGAAGCCCUUCCCAGAGAAGAGCAGAGCCCCGCCCACUGACACCAGACGAGGAGAACCAGAGCACCAUGCUGACCGGAACUGGAGACGGAACCGGUACCAGCACUGGUACUAGACCACAGGGACGCAGGAACCGGGUGGUGGUCCGGAGAGUCAAGAUACCUGCUGAUGGUGCCCAGGUCUAAGGGAUUGGACUGUGACCACAAACUUAAAUACACUCUCCACCUUAAACUCAGUGGUGAAAAUGACACUCUUUCUCUCUAAGCACUCAAGAAUUAUAAAAAUAAUGAGCUGGCUAUACAGUAAAAAUGUAAUGCUUUCCCCAUUCCGUCAAUGAACUCAAAUUGUGGUAGACAAGUUGUAAAUAUUAUUUAGCUAUUUCUCAUUUUUACACAAAAUGUUGGUGAGAAUGUUAACCUGUGGAUGAAUCUGAUAACCUCUUUUGUCGAUAGGUGGCGCCACAGUGUAUCCAAUGACAAUAUUACAAGUUUGUGCCUUGCUUCAAUAGAGUUUCCUGUGAGGGCUUGAUUGAUCAUUUGAUAUUUUACAGUACAGUCAUUUAUCAGGUGUUGUUUUUAUCAGAUUAUUGUCUAAUUGUACUAUUGUAUUGGCCUAUCAUCACAGUUUCACAUCUGCAUAUGAAUUAUACUAUUGAUAUAAUUUAUUUUGAUCUGUAAAUUAUAUAAAUCUUUAACCUAUUGA